AUUCACACUACUCCGAGCUAAAUUUAUUAAAACAAUGGACCGCAACAGCAACCUCGUACUUCCGACCUUUCAAACCGAAACACAGACGCAAGAUGAGAACGAUAUCAGCGUUUGGCGUUUCAGGGGAAGCGACACUGCAGCUAAAGCCUCCAGCGUCACGAUGAGAGUCAUAGUCUACAAGCUCUUCGCUGAAUGCAGCCCUGAAGUGGGAAAGGUUCUUUUACCCCUUGCACACGGUGACCCUUCUGUGUACCCUUGCUACCGCACCUUCAUCCACGUCGAGAACGCCGUUGUUGACGUCCUCCGCUCCGGCAAGGGUAACUCUUACGGCCCGGCCGCGGGAAUUCUCCCCGCUAGACAGGCUGUUGCCGAUUACGUGAACCGAGACUUGAAGAACAAGGUAAAGCCUAAUGAUGUAUUCAUAACUGUCGGAUGCAACCAAGGGAUAGAAGUAGUGCUUCAAUCGCUGGCUCGACCAAAUGCUAACAUCCUUCUCCCACGGCCUAGUUACCCUCACUACGAGGCUCGUGCCGUUUACAGUGGACUCGAGGUCCGCAAGUUCGAUCUCCUUCCGGAGAAAGAAUGGGAGAUUGAUCUUCCAGGCAUCGAAGCCAUGGCAGACGAGAACACUGUCGCAAUGGUUAUCAUAAACCCUAACAACCCCUGUGGAAAUGUUUACUCUUACGAUCAUCUCAAGAAGGUGGCGGAGACUGCUCAGAAGCUGGGAAUAAUGGUGAUCACAGACGAAGUGUAUUGCGAAACAAUCUUCGGAGACAAUCAAUUUCUUCCAAUGGGAACGUUCUCAUCGAUAGUUCCUGUUAUCACUUUAGGCGGUAUAUCGAAAGGAUUUGUUGUUCCUGGUUGGAGAAUUGGCUGGACCGUUAUGAAUGAUCCCAAAGGCAUUUUCAAGUCCACAGGGAUGGUACAGUCCAUCCAACAGAAUCUUGACAUAACUCCAGAUGUUACAACCAUUGUUCAGGCUGCACUUCCCGAGAUUCUAGGGAAAUCCAACAAAGAGACGUUUGCGAAGAAGAAUUCGAUGUUGAAACAGAACCUGGAAUUGGUCUGCGAUAGGCUCAAAGACAUUCCUUGCUUGGUCUGCAACAAGAAACCUGAGUCAUGCACUUACUUAUUGACGAAGCUACAGCUCCCAUUGUUGGAGGACAUCGAAGACGACAUGGAUUUCUGUAUGAAGCUAGCCAAAGAAGAAAACCUCGUUUUACUACCAGGAGUGGCUUUGGGAUUGAAGAACUGGAUAAGGAUAACAAUCGGAGUAGAACCUCAAAUGCUGGAAGAUGCACUUGAGAGGCUCAAUAGCUUCUGCAAACGCCACCUCAAGAAAACAAAGUCUUCUUUUGAAGCUUUGAAGCUAAGCCAGAAUGGCAAAAUCUAAAACAACUCAAUCUACAGAGACUAUAUACUCAACAACCAAAAUAAAAGCUGUAAACUUUUUUUUAGUGUAAUACUAAUAAGAGACAACAAAGAGAGUUUUUGCUUUAAUCAAUAAGCAUUUCAAAUAGUUUUGUUUUGGUUUCAAGUAGAGAAAAUAUCGCAAUGUUUUAAAGUUAUAUAUUUGCCGUUA